AUGAGCAGCACUUUUGUUACAUUAGCUGAAGUACUGGAGGCACGAGGGGGACCUCUGCUGGAGGAGGAGGUCUGGUCCCUGCUGCUCGGCACUGCAGAGUCUUUAGUGGAUGUCUCCUAUAAGGGUCACAACAAUAUGUGUAAUAUCAUAAGCCCCACCUCCUUGCUGCUGUCAGCCACUGGUACCUUAGCAUUUAAGAACUGUGGCCUAUCAGAUGAUGUAUCCACCUUCACUGCUCCAGAAAUGCUGCAGGGCCGUGCCAGCUCAACCAAGCCUGCCAUAGAGAGGAUGCUGGUGUAUUCACUGGGUAUGACUCUCUACUGGUCAGUUGAUUUUCACCUACCUCAAAAUCAGCCAGUCCAGUUGAGUGACCAUCUAAACAGCCUCCUCCUCAGCAUGUGUGAGGACCUGGCCCACCGCAGGGUAAAUCUCAACUCCAUCCUGGAAGCCUGCGAAUCUCAGCAUAAAGCCUCCAUCCUGCCACCGCCCGCCAAAGUCAUCAGACAGCUGGUGGAGGAGGUUUUUCAUGAUUCAAUGGACCACGGCUCUCUGCCUGACAGUAACGUCCCUUUGAGUGGCAGGAGCCAGAUGAUCAGAGAGAGACUUCAUGGAAAGAGAGGGCCAUUUUCAGACUUCAGCGAAGGGAGUGCUGAAGGGAGACGAUACUCAACGGACUCUGACUCCAAGUCAGGGAGUUUACCUCAGAGACCUUGGAGACAAAGACCAAGGAGCUCUCCCACACCACUGUACCACUCGUCUUUAGACAGUCUGCACAACUAUUACUCAAUCUGUCCUUCCCUAACCCCACCCCACCCUUUCCCUCUCUCUCCCCUCAGACUCCCUCGUGGGGUUCGUCACCGGGACAGCAACUGCAGUUGGCUUGGUAGGAGCCCCCACCACGACAUCUCUCCCAAAACAUCAGGCAGAUCUCACAGUCCCUCCAUCACCUUCAGCGAGUCAUCGCUCAGCCUGAGCCAGAGGAAAGCUAAGGCUUUGGGUCCUGAGUUCAUCAGAAUGCCGGACGAACAGCAUAUUGUCCUGGAGCUUCCAGGAUCUAUUGUGUCCAGAAAGGGCCGCUCAUGUUCGUCUCAGAGAGAAGUGACUGUGGUGCUGCCGAGCGGACAGUACGUGGUGGUCCGCUGUGACAUUAAGUCCAGAGCAAGAGAUGUGUUUGACAUGGUGGUGGCUCAUGCAAACUUGGUGGAACACUUCUACUUUGGUCUUGCCUUCUUAGAUGAUGAUGAAUAUUUCUUUUUGGACCAUGAAACAAAAAUCUCCAAAGUUGCACCUGACAGCUGGAAAAAAGGGCAGAUAUCCUCCUUUUUGGUGUUCCUGCGAGUCAAAUUUUUUGUUGAUGAUAUUUCCUUCAUUUUGCACAGACUGACUCGUCACCAGUACUACUUACAGUUCCGUAAGGAUAUCUUGGAGGACAGGCUUUACUGUAACGAGGAGACAGGCUUGUUCCUAGCUGCUCUUGCUCUGCAGGCUGAGUUUGGGGACUACAUGCCAGAGUUGUACGGUAAAAAUUAUUACCAGCCAGAGCAUUAUGUGUCCAAGAGGAUGCUAGAGAAGCUGGCCCUGCCCAGUGUCAAGGAAGAGUUGCCAAGACUACAUGCAAGUCAUGCCCAGAUGCUGCCUGAAGAGGCAGAAACAGAGUACCUGAAGAUUACCCAGCAGUUACCUGAGUAUGGCGUUAUGUUCCACCGCGUGGGGAGAGAGAAAAGGCCGGUGGUGGGAGAGCUGGUGUUGGGAGUCUGCGUCAAAGGAAUCAUCGUGUACGAGAUGAAGAACCACGUUCGGACUGUCACCAGGCGCUUCCUCUGGAGGGAAACCGACUCCAUAUCCACUGGGCGGCGUAAACUGAUAAUAGAGUGUGGCGGGCCCAGUGGGAAAAAGCACAGUUUUGUAACAGAAAGCUCAAAAAUAGCACAGUACCUCCUGAACCUCUGCUCAGCACAGCACAAGUUUCAUAGCGAGAUGACGUCACGACAACUUAACCACACCAUGAUACCAGAUGAAAACAUCGAUAAGUACAUGUCUAUGUACCGGGGUCGUAACAUGAACCUGAAGCGGAUGUCCUGCUCCGAGGGCAUGUUGAACCAUGUAGGUCUGACACCUGGUCAACCAGACUCCCUCUCCAAGUCCUGCGACGACCUGACCGCCAAGCUGGAGGCCCGACUCCGCCAGCAGAGAGAGAUGAGGAGGGAGAUGAGCAGAGACCUGAACAAGGAGCUCCCUGAAACAGGAGAUGUGAAGGAUCGACAGUGUUGGAGCACUCCGGAGCCGAUUCCCAGAAUGAUGUCCAGUGUCUCGCUACAGAAGCAGGACUCUGAUGCCUCUUCCUCUGUACGAGUCGAUACACCAACCAGGACCCCACCAGAGAGAGAGAUAGUCUGCGUGAACCUGAAGAAAGACCCCAAACUGGGCUUUGGCUUUGUGAUAGUGGGAGAGGACAAUACAGGUAAACUUGACCUUGGGAUCUUCAUUGCUUCCAUUGUGCCUGAUGGACCUGCGGACAGAGAUGGACGAAUCAAACCCGGCGGACGUCUCAUCUCCCUAAACAAGACUAGUUUGGAAGGAGUGAUAUUCAGCGAUGCUGCUGCCAUCCUACAGAGCAGCCCUGAAGAGGUGGAGCUCAUCGUGUCCCAGCCUAAACAGUCCCUGAAGGACAGUAAGAGUUCCUUGAGUCAAAGUACUCUGGGUUUGGCACUGGAGAGGAGUUUUGGGUCACAAACUACCCUGAGUGGCGCAGAGUACCGUCCUGCCGUGGAGGAGCUGGAGGAGGCCAUCACUCUGUCCAGCAUGGCAACCCCGAAGCAGAGCAAGAGGCUUCACAUUCCUGUCGUGAGAAUACAUGACGCCCAGGAUGUGUGCUCCAGGUCCCCGUCUGUCUUAAGUCUGAAAAGUGGAGAGAGGUUUAUAAUGGAGCUCAGGAAAAGCAGUGGUAGUCUUGGCAUCAGUGUUGCUGGAGGAAUAAACACUAAUGUGCGUUAUGGAGGCAUCUACAUCAAGAGUCUGGUGCAAGGAGGCGCUGCAGAUCAGGACGGGCGCAUUCAGAUCGGUGACAGACUGCUGGAGGUUGACGGGUCCAACCUGAGGGGCGUGACUCACCAACAAGCUGUCGAGUGCCUGAAGAAGACCGGGGAGGUGGUGAGCCUGCUGUUGGAAAGGGAGCCCACUGUAAUCUUGGAGCCCAGGCCGGACUCACCCUGCCCCCCCUUGGUCCACAGUCCAUCACACAUACAGCCCCCCAGGACUGAGGUCUCCAUGGAAACGACCUUGAGUGGUCGAGCCAAGGACUACAGCUUUGUUACUGAUGAAAACACCCAUGAAGUGGUGCUGAGGAAGAGUUUGUCCGGCCUUGGCUUCAGCUUUUACAUCUCACAGCUGCACUCGGGGACGGACCGGGGGAGCUUGGUCCGCAUCAAACGUCUUUUCCCGGGUCAGCCAGCGCUAGAAAGUGGCCUGCUGCGAGAGGGAGAUGUCAUUCUAUCCGUCAACAAAGAGCCUGUUAAGGACCUCUCUUACCAGAGGGUUUUGUUCUUGCUACGUGGCGCUCCAUCUGAAGUUCAUCUGCUGAUCUGCCGACCAGGUCCUGGAGUACUAUAUGAUAUAGAUGACAACACACUGAGUCCUGCACCCGUCCGUGAGGCUCGAUCCCGGUCUCUGGACAUCCGACUCGGAGAGGACUACAGCCAGCUCCUUAAGUUUCAAUAUGACAUCAACAUAACUGCCCAGAAGCAAGCCCCCACCCAGGAGGAAGAUCUGACCAACACAGCGGAGAAAAACCCAGAACCUCCUGCAGAUUCAGGACUCCUGGAGAGCCAGGAGAGUCUGGACGGUGAAGUGCAGGCCCACCAGACUCCUCCGUCUGCUCCUCGCUCACCGCCCUCACCCACGUCACCUCCGUCGCCUCCAUCGCCAGUCUCACCAGCAUCACCCGCCUCGCCAGCAUCACCUGCCUCGCCUUCCUCACCUAUCUCUGGCUCUCCACCAGCUCCACCAAAGUCACGAUCAGCCGCCAGGAAUCUAGAGGGACAACGGGAAGGAGAAGCAAAGGAGAAGAAAAAGGACGGGGAAGAGGAGGCUGCAAGGACAUCCAGUUCAACUGUGAUGCUUAUGGACAUCUGUCCUAAGACUGCAUCAAACUCAGUGUAUGCCAGUGGUAUCAGGGAGGAGGCAGAUGGAAGUGUGACCUAUUGCCUCAUGGGAAAUGGACUGACUAUCAUGGCAGAUGAAGAAUACCUGACCAUCAGCUCCACUCUGGAGCCUUCUCACAGCUUUCCCUCCAGUCUGGCCACUCACACCCCAAUCACAUCCCGCGGCUCCCAAACCUCCAUCAGCUCUUCUAGUUUUAGUUCUCAGAAUCCGAACCUCGGCCCUCACGUCCCCACGACCACCAUCGCACCCCUCGGCAUCUCGUCUGACACCCCGACCACUUGCUCCUUGGCCCACCCGUCUCAGCCACUGACAACACAGCCACCCAAAGCCAAGCAUCACCCUAUCCAGCAGGGGCUUCUCCCAAGUCACUACAAAGCCUUUUCCAAGAACAGCCGGCCCGUGGUGCCUCCACCCCAGCCCCCUGCUCUACCACUGACCCCCAUUACAGCCCAGAUCAUCUCCUCUGUGCCUCCCUGUGGAUUGGUAAAAGAGUUUGAACUGACAGUGGUUCUGACCAAGUCCAGGAGCGGGAGCUUUGGGUUCACCAUCACUCGAAGCAAGAUAGACAACUGUUACUACAUACAGGAAAUACUGGACAACCCAGCCAAGUCAGACGGACGUCUCAGGGCGGGAGACAGACUCGUCACUGUAAAUGGGCAUGAUGUUACCAGUGUGGCAGAUGAUGUUGCCAUGACGAUUCUCAGGUCAUCUCCGAGAAGACUGAGCAUGACCCUGGGCAGGGCAGUUACCAACCUGGUGGCCCCACCGCCCUGCGACAGCCUGCCUGAUAUCGUUCUGUACAAGACACCUUCAGGACAGCUGGGUAUAAAGCUGACAGGAGGCAUUGGCAGCAAAUGGCAGGGCAUCUACUGUCUGGAGGUGGUGCCAGGUUCCCCAGCCAGCGAGGAGGGGAGUGUCCAACCCAAUGACAAGAUCCUCUACAUCUGUGGCAGGUGCACCCUGGGUAUGACCCUGGAGGAUGCAGUCAAAGCCUGUGAGAUCGCUCCUCGUAAAGUUAAACUUAAAAUCAUCAGAGAGGACCAGCCAGUGACCCCCAAGGCCAAGUGGAACGGUCUGUUUGACUGGAAAAAGGAUAAGAAGUCCUUUGCUCGUUUUGAAGAGUCUGUCUCUCCAGAGAAAGACUCUCCUAUCGAAGAGGCUGAACCUGUGUGUAGGACUGCUGGUAAAUUUAGAUGUCUCUCUCUCACCCAAGAACAGGACAGUUGCAUCAUGCAAGUGGAGUUCAAAAAACCAGAAGGAGGAGGCCUUGGCUUCGCUUUGGUUGGAGGAACCAAUGGCAGCAUGCUCAGAGUGAGGGAAAUCUGCUCUGGUGGAGUAGCUGAGCAGGACGGUCGGCUGAGAGUGGGAGAUAUUUUAUUAGAGGUGAACGGUGUGAUCGUGUCCGGCCUGAGCCACAGCAAGGUGGUGGACAUCCUGCGUAAAGCUGAGGGCACUGUCCAGCUCACCAUCUGCAGAGACAUCCUGCCCAUGACCUACUCUGAAUCACCCACACCGCCCAACAUGUCCGCUCAGACUGAAGCUAUUUUAGCUGAGCAGCCGGCUCCUGAUACCUGUUCCUCACCUGACAUCAUGCUGAAUAGGCCAGUGGAGCACCCCCAUGAGGUGACAUCAGACCCUGUGGCUCAAGAAAUAGGUGUUGUCCUAACUUCACCACCACCUCCUCCACACCGAUUGACUGUGGUAACAGAUGAGACUGCAAUUAAACAGGAGAGCUGUAACAGCACCCCUUCUCAUCAAGCUUGCUGCCCAUCCCUCAAUGUCACUGACAUGUUGCAUGGAGCUUCUGACAGGAAACAAAUUGUGACCAAACUUUUGGACCAGUCCUGCAAAGACAUCCGGAAAACCCAGUCAGACGGCUGGAGCAGUGAAGAAGAGGAUGAUGAUGUAUUUGACACCACCAAUCAGGAAAAGACCUCACCCCAAACAGGCCCACCCAUAGUAUCAGAGGAGGAACUGGCCAGUUUAGCUCUCAUUUGCCCGGCUAAGAGCAGCCAGUAUUCAGGCUCCAGGGUCAAGGCUCUCAUUCAGAUUCUGCAGCAUCAACUGGACCAGCAGGAACUGGUCAAAGAGUUCAUGGCUCUGGAGCAUCUGAAGCCCUCUGACAACUGUCAGGUGGGAAAAGCCCCCGAGAACAGAGAUAAGAACCGCUACAGAGACAUCCUGCCCUAUGACAAAACACGUGUUGCCAUUGGAGAGAACCAGGACUACAUCAACGCCAGCUACAUCCGCAUGCAGGUUGGCAACGAAGAGUUCUUCUACAUCUCCUGCCAGGGCCCUCUGCCUUCCACAGUGUCGGCCUUUUGGCAGAUGAUCUGGGAAAACAAAUCUGACGUCAUUGCCAUGAUGACCCAGGAAGUGGAAAGGGGAAGGAUCAAAUGUCACAAGUACUGGCCGGUGAAGCUGGGCGUGCCUUUGGACACCGGCAGGUACAAGCUUCACCUGGAGAACCAACAGUACCUGGAGUACUUCCACAUUAAGGUCGUCCGCAUGGUGGAGACAGAGACCGGUGAGACACAUUUUGUCCGUCACCUGAAGUUCACACACUGGCCUGACCACGGUGUGCCACAGUGCUCUGAGCAGCUGGUUCGUUUCAUCCGCUACCUGAGGGCGGUGCACCACAAGGGGCCAGUCACCGUUCACUGCAGCGCCGGCAUCGGACGCACGGGAGUUCUCAUCUGCACUGACAUUAUCCUCAAUCUCAUUGAGAAUGAUUUACCUAUUAAUGUGAGCGACAUUGUCAAAGAGAUGAGACUUCAGCGGCAUGGGAUGAUACAGACCAAGGAACAAUACCUCUUCUGCUACAAAGUCUGGUUGGAGGUUUUACAGGGCAUUUUGCAGCUUCACGGCAACCAAUGGCAACCGGAAAGUCCUCGAGACCACAAAGUAGUUUGAAUGUUUCCACUUCCACUUCACCUGCCUGUAAAGCACAGGCUGUGUGUGUAGAACCAUGUGCAGUCUAUCACAGCACAGACUGGUGAUACCUUUUCUUUGGCUGUAGUUAGUUUAGUUAGCUGUAAUAUGAAACUUGUACUUCUCUGUUUUGAUACUUUGUGUUGAGGCCUCUUGGUUAGUUAUAAUGAUUUCAACUUCUUUCUUUUUUUUUUGUUCUUAUAUGUGCUCUCGGUGCUGUGAUUAUGUCAAUUUAAUUUAGAUCACUGAGGUUGUUUUGCCUUUUCAGGCUUAGUGAUUUGCCUUCUGUCUGUAGCAUCUUGCUUUUUAAUUUUUGUGUUACUAUUUGAAUGUAUCCCAUUUAUUUUUCUCCAUGCCCUUUAAUUUGCAUAUUGCAUUUAUUUUUAACAGUCAUAUUGCAUGGAAUUUAAAAUCUGGUAAUAUCCAACAUCUUUUAUCUGGCAGUAAUGUCACCAAUGUCAUCAAAGUGCACAACUGUAAGGUCAUCAUACCAAAGUUAGUAUCUGUUUGAAACCUUGAUGAGUAGUAUUUGAGUAAGCAUUGUGUUAUCAUUUCAUUAAGUGCAUUUCUACCCUGGAGAAAAGGGCAUUAGCAAAAGAACAUUAUUGAUUUUUCAGUUCAUCAUCUAAGGAAAUGAAAAGAAUCAAGUGCCUUGGAAUGACUCAUACCGCUUGCUCCAUAUCGACCCCAAGCCACUUGUCACAAGCGGUUGGGGACGUGGAGCAAGAAACUGAUUCGAGAGCACCCGUUGGUGGUUCGCUUGAAUGUGCAGCUUUCAGUCUGUUUGUGGUUUGAGGUGGAUGUUUGGUUGAUCCAAACCAGAAGAGGAUUACAUCUCACAUUUUAGUUAGUUAAAUUAUAAC